UUGAGUAGUGUUAACUUAGCCAUGCCAAGAAUGAGCAAGGGUCGAAAAAAGGUCGAAAUCGUGGAAAUGAAAAAUGAGAGUAACAUGCAAGUUACGUUCUCUAAGCGUCGUGCUAGCCUCUUCAAAAAGGCUAGUGAACUUUGUACGCUAUGUGGCGCUGAAAUUGCCAUUGUGGUAUUUUCUCCAGGCAAGGCCAACAAAGUUUACUCCUUUGGCCACCCUUCAGUGGAGUUGUUGGUGGAUACGUUCCUAGGGAGGGACCUCCCUCCACCAAAUGAUGAUGAUCGCCACAACCACCUAAUCAGGGCUCAUCGAAACACUAGUCAACGUGGGCUCAAUAAGGAGGUCAUGGACAUGCAAGAGUCUCUCCAGAAGGAGAAAGCUAUAGGGAAAUCCCUACUUGAAUCUGGAAGGGGAGCCUACGAUCGUGUGUGCGAAUCUCCGAUUAUCGAAGGACUUAGCCUUUCCCAACUUGAACAAUUGAAGGAGGCAUUGGAAGCUCAAAAGCGAAAAGUUGAAUUCGAGGCAAAACUUCAACAAAUGGGGAGUGCUCCACUCCCAUUUCUCACCUUUGGAAGUGCCUUGUCUCCUACUAGUGGUGAUGGGGCAAGUUCUUCACAUGGACCCAAUGUUGGUGCACCCUUUCCUAAUUAGGGCUGGUGGAUCUACUUCUUCUGCAGUUCCCUACUAGUUCAACUGCCGUUCCUA